CAACAGUUGCAUUAGAAACAAAUAGUUUUCAUUGAUGCAAAUUGAAUGCAACAUUUACUUGUGUAUGUGUGUGUGUGUUCAAUAGGAGCUUCUUGGUGGGGAGAUGGAGCUGCAGCUUGGUGAUUCUCUUCUGGUGCCUUGUGUUCGAGAGUUGGCGAAAGGCCCGCUGUCGACGGUUCCCCUUCGAUACGUCCGCCUCGACCAAGAUCCUCCUUUCGAGUUCGCUGACAGUAGUGCAGCCCAAAUCCCUGUUAUUGAUAUGCACAAGUUAUUAUUCUCUGACCAUUCCGAAGACUCUGAGCUUGAUAAGCUCCAUCAUGCUUGCAAAGAUUGGGGAUUCUUCCAGUUGAUAAAUCAUGGAGUGACUGAUGCAUUGGUGGAGAGUAUGAGAUCAGGCAUUCAAGAACUGUUUGAUCUUCCAAUGGAAGAGAAGAGGAAGUUGUGGCAAAAGGCAGGAGAUUUUGAAGGAUUUGGACAGAACUUUGUUGUCUCUGAGGAGCAGAAGCUUAAUUGGGGAGACUUGUUUGGAAUUAUUACACUCCCUACUUAUUUGAGGAAACCCCAUCUAUUUCCGAACCUCCCUCUCCCAUUCAGAGAUGAUUUGGAUACUUAUGCAUCGGAAAUGAAAGUUCUAGCAAUGAAACUACUCGACUCGAUGGCGAAAGCUCUGAAAAUGGAAGGUUGCGAAAUGAGAGAGCUUUUUGAAGAAGGAAUGCAGGGAAUAAGGAUGAAUUACUAUCCUCCAUGUCCUCAGCCAGAGCUUGUCAUUGGACUCAACAAUCAUUCUGAUGCAUCAGGCAUUACUAUUCUUCUUCAACUCAAUGAAAUGGAAGGCCUCCAAAUAAGGAAUGAUGGCAGGUGGAUCCCUGUUAAGCCUCUCCCAAAUGCUUUUGUUGUCAAUGUUGGAGACGUUAUGGAGAUUGUGACAAAUGGAAUAUACCACAGCAUCGAGCAUCGGGCGAUAGUAAACUCAGUGAAGGAGAGGCUUUCAGUGGCCAUGUUCUACAACCCAAGAUUAGAUGGGGAGAUGGGUCCAGCUCCAAGUUUGGUCACCGCAGAAAGACCAACUUUGUUUAAAAGAAUUCGUGUCAUGGAUUACUUUAGAGGGUUUUUCUCUAAGGAAUUGAAUGGAAAGUCAUAUCUUGAUGUUAUGAGGAUUGAGGAUACAAAAUAAAGAGAUUGAUUAAAAAAUUGUACUUGAUAGUUGAUUUGAAAUAUCUUGAAGAGACCUGUA